AUGAACAGCAAAUUCGCUGGUGGAACAGUUCUUGCCCAUUUUCUCACAGACGAGACUGGCCCGAAUUGUGGUGAUUUCACAUUCAACGAACAGGACUUACUCUUACUAUGCAGUCGCGAGAUCAAUCUGAACGAUCAACCGGCCCAAGUGAUGGUGAGCCAUCCGAAAAUUCCAGGUCUUUCGUGGAUAAUCUUUUUCUAUCAGACAUCACCUAAUCAGUACCAGCCACGAAUUGCAUUCGAUUUUCCGAGUUAUUUACGUGCUGAUUGUGAAGUAUGUAUUCAGUUUGCGGGCAUGCAUUGGAUUGUGAAACACAAAUUCGAGGGUAGCUCAUGGCUCACAUCCAGUUUACCACCGAAAGCAAUGAACGAACGUUGGGUCACGUUGGGUACAGUGAAAAAAGUGGAAAUACGUGUAAAUAUUACCAAAAUUUGGUUCAAAUUCCCGGUUUUCACCGCAUGCUGUCAUCCGUUAAAAACGAAGCGAUUCGUUCGACAGCCUGAUUUUACAAUGCCCGAUCAUUUUUCUGAUGUGCAAUUGUUACCCCAAGAUCCAAGCAAUCGACGUUUGUUUGCGCAUCGCCAAGUUUUGGCCAUGAAUUCGCCGUGGUUCUCAGAACGAUUUCGUAGUGCGUCAACUCUGAACACCGGCGAUAUUGGGCCAAUCAUUUCGAUCCCGUUUGAUUAUGAGACCGUAUUGAAUUUCUUGCAUUUUAUUUAUCCAAAUGGAGAUUUAAAUAUCACGGCAGAGAAUGUGGAAGGUUUGAUGGAUAUGGCCAAAGAAUACCAGAUGCCAAAUGUGAUCCGAAAAUGUGAAAAAUGGAUGUAUCAGUUUAUGGAAGGUGGCUCGGCCGUGUUGUGCUACUAUUUGGCUAGAAAACAUGAAUUACCCCAAGUGCAAGAGGCUGCAUUGCUUCAUUUGGCUGAGCUAAAUUCCAGCCAAUUACGGGCACGAUUGAAUUUGGACAUGAAAGGCAAAUCACCGGACACACAAGAAGUACUGCUUAGCGAUUUGUGCAUUCGAUUGGCAAGUUCGUGA